AUGCUCUGGGAGGGUCUGGCCCUGGCCUUUUCCGGGGCGAGAGUAGCCCAGCCGGACGGCGAUGUCCUCUUGAACCUUCCGGACAUCAAGCUCCUUGGAGACGGUGACCCAAAUCACCAGAUCGAAACCGCCGGAUCCCCUCUGGAGGAACUCGUUGUUGAUCGCCUUCAAGAGGGUCGUCUUCCCUAUUCCUCCCAUGCCGUAGAUCCUGAUGACUGGCGCUUCAUUGUCUUCCAGGAGGCUGCAGAUCUCCGACAACGUCUUCUCCGCGUCCACGAUGGAGGCUGA